AUGGCUCAAAUAAUUGACGAAGUGAAUAAAACAUAUAGUGUAGGCAUAACACCAUGGAGGGCUGGGAAAGCAAAACAUAUUGCAAUGGACUAUUUGGUAGGGGAUGGACAACAACAAUAUGGUCAUUUAUAUGACUAUGUGGCUGAAUUAUUGAGAGGGUUUUUUGCUGGAUGUAGACCCUUUAUAGGUGUGGAUGGUUGCCAUUUGAAGACAACAUAUGGUGGUCAAUUGUUGGUUGUAGUGGGUAGGGACCCCAAUGACCAAUACUAUCCGUUGGCUUUUGUAGUAGUAGAAAACGAAUGCAAAGAGACUUGGAGGUGGUUUUUGACAUUGUUGUUAGAAGAUAUUGGGGACAUUAGAAAUCAUAGAUGGGUUUUCAUUUCAGAUCAACCAAAGGGACUAAUGAUUGUAUUUGAUGAAAUCUUGAAUGGAGUGGAGCAUCGUUUCUGUUUGCGACACUUAUAUAGUAAUUUCAAGAAGAAAUUUGGUGGUGGUAUACUGAUCAGAGACUUGAUGAUGGGGGCAGCAAAGGAAACUUUCUAUGCAGGAUGGGAAAAAAAGAUGGGUGAGUUGAGAAACAUCAACCCUGAAGCUUUUAAUUGGCAUGUGGUGGCAGCCAUUAACUACAAGGUAGAAAACCCUGAGGCUUAUGUUCAUGCGUAUUACAAAAGAGAUGCCUAUCAGGCUUGUUAUGGCCCUCAAAUUACCCCAAUCAAUGGACAACAACUUUGGCCAAAAAUUAAUCAACCUGAACUACUUCCACCCAUUUACAAAACUCCACCUGGGAGACUCAAAAAGCUAAGACGAAGGGAAGCUGAUAAACAUGUCAAUCAUUCCAAACUUUCAAAGAAGAAUACCAUCAUCAAGUGUAACAGGGACAGAUGCAUAGAACUACAACUUGUAGUGCAGCUAGCAAUGCUGCAAGAACAUCAAACCAAAGCUCCAUCAGUAGAAUUAGAUCCACACCCCGGGUUGCAGCAAACAUGA